CUGAAGACCUUCUGGAUACCUUUCUGGAAAUCUUCUGGAGAACUUUCUGGCGACCUUCUGGAGAAAUUUCUGGAGGACUACUGGAGACGUUCCAGACAACUUUUUGGAGACCACCCGGAGACCUUCUGGAGAAAUUUCUGGAGGACUUUCUGCAGAACUACUCGAAAUGUUCUGGAGAACUUUCUGGAGACAUUCUUGAGAACUUUCUGCAGAACUUUCUGGAGAUCUUCUGGAGACCUUUCUGGCGAUCUUUUGAGAACUUUCUGGAGAACCUUCUGAAGACUUUUGGAGAAUUUUCUGGCGACCUUUUGAGAACUUUCUGGCGACCUCUUGAGAACUCUCUGGAGACCUUCUGGAGAACUUUCUGGAGAAUUACUGGAGACUUUUGGAGAACUUUCUGGCGGCCUUCUUGAGUACUUUCUGGAGAACCUUCUGGACACCUUCCAGAGACCUUCCAGAGAACCUUCUGGAGAACUUUCUGGAAGCUCACUGGGGCUGUCCCAGAGCCGUGUCUCCUCCUCCCCCUCCUCCCACCAUCCAUGGGUGCAGAUCCUCCAGCAUGGCCACGGUCCCACCAAGACGGUGGCAGGGGCGGGGUGGGACAGAGCAGGUGACCACAGAGGCCACCACAGGUGACCACGGGUGUCUCCCGCAGGGCCUGAAGAAGCCCAACAUCGAGGAGAUCCGGCACGCCAAGAACGCCGUGUUCAACCCGUCCAUGUUCGGCAGCUCCCUGCAGGACAUCGUGGCCAUGCAGAAGGAGCGCUACCCCGAGCGCCAACUGCCCUGGGUGCAGACCCGGCUCUCCGAGGAGGUGCUGGCCCUCAACGGCGACCAGACCGAGGGCAUCUUCAGGGUCCCCGGUGACAUCGACGAGGUCAACGCCCUCAAGCUGCAGGUGGACCAAUGGAAGAUCCCCACCGGCCUGGAAGACCCGCACGUUCCUGCGUCGCUGCUGAAGCUGUGGUACCGCGAGCUGGAGGAGCCGCUGAUCCCGCACGAGUUCUACGAGCGCUGCAUCGGCCAUUACGAGAACCCCGAGGCCGCCAUCGCCGUGGUGCACUCCCUGCCCCGGAUCAACAGAAUGGUGCUCUGCUACCUCAUCCGUGGUUUUGGGUUCUCCAUCUCCUCCAAGAACCAGAACCUGCACAUGGUUCCUCCACCUAUGUCCCACCAACCCUCUCCAUCUCCUCCCACCCCAGAUGUCCAUGACCCUCCUGGUUAUCUCAAGGUCUUCGUCCAACCGGCCAACGUGGCCGUCACCAAGAUGGACGUCAACAACCUGGCCAUGGUGAUGGCCCCCAACUGCCUGCGCUGCCAGUCGGACGACCCGCGGGUCAUCUUCGAGAACACGCGCAAGGAGAUGUCCUUCAUCCGCGUCCUCAUCCAGCACCUGGACACCAGCUUCAUGGAGGGCGUCCUAUAG